CCACACAUCGAUUCGGGUAGGCCCCCCAGCGUGUCCGAAAAAUUCGUGUCGGUUAGUCCGCGAUAAGAAAGAAUAAAAAACAAUAAAAGUAUGUGUUUUUUGGUUCGUGUCUUUCGGAAAUAACGAACGCGAGCAGGAAGAGAAAAGACCGCUCUAUUCGAGAUUCUCUGCUGAUGGAAACAACGAAGGGAAGGGAAAAAAAUCGGAAAAAAUAACGCCGACGCUUGGUGAAAGAAAAGAAGAAAAAAGCAGGCGCAAAACGCGCUGUCAAAAUCGAUGUUUCAGUGUGUUUCGGAUGUGAACGAAAAGUGUUUUCGACGGGAUUCAUUCCCGUGAUUAUUCGGUAUUGUAUGGUGAUUUAAACUCCAAAGCCCGGAGCGAGGGAGUAACAAGAGGAAAAGAGAUCGACUGGGUUAUGCGGUGGUUGUCAAAUAAAGCAUCAGCAGCAGGCGCGUUCAACCCUCGUUUCACGAUUCUCACGGCGGAGGGAAGUCCUGCAUGCUUCUGGCGUGGAAGCAACUGCAUUGCGGCUGGCAGGGUUGCGGGCUCGGAUUGGGCAGAGGCGAGCGAUCGAGAAGAGGAUAAUCAUCGGUUGUGUACUGUUGGGAAUCGUAAGACGAGCGGCACGAGUGGUUGAGCUCAAAUAAUAAGAGGAAAAAGGAGAGAGAGAGAAAGAAAAUUGGCUGGAAUGAAUGAAGAUACGAAGCAAAGUUCACGAGGAAUAUGGGAGUGAGAAAAAUUGGACGCUUAUAAGGGUAGUUGUCAACGUGAUCCCUCCGUCAAUUUUCUCAAGCUUGAGUCAUUUCUCUCUGUCGUAGAGAGAAUAAAGGAUGGGAACGGAGGCCGCUCGCUGAUUUUUUGUUGGCCUGUUCUCGGUUGGUAAGCCUGGGGAGGAUAUUCCGACGUGAUCCUCCCGUUCUUCUUUGUCCAUCCCCUUUUUUCCAGCAUCCCUCGGUCCUCCCACGCGCGGAGGACACUCAGGGUCGACAGUCCCUCUCUGCACACGCACGCAAACACAAAUAGACACGGGCGCGUAGAUAGAGAGAAGACGAGCUUGCGCGCGCCCGCACACGCAUACAAACUCGCACGUCCAACAUUCGCAUCGACACGAAGAAAUACACGGACAAAGCGAAAGCCUGCCAGACGAAGAGUCGUCACGGUCCUCUUCUUCCCUCUCCGGUUCCGUUAUUCUCGCUGGUACAGCAUCCCCACAGAAUCUCCGCUGGACCUCGCGGUGGGGGGAGCCUGAUUCACGCGUGUGCGAGUCCGUAUAUUCACAGCUGGCCAGCUGGCCAGAGGGAGCCGACAAAUCCCUCCAGCGUCUGACACAGCGCCCAAGCGGACACGCGCUCGUUGCUUCGUGAUUAAACAAGUGCGCUUUCUCGUUUGUACAAAAAUAAAUAAAUACGAAAUACGAAAAAAAAGCGAGAAUAACGCUGCCAACGCCGACAAGUAAUGUCGCAAAAAACCCUCGGGAGGCAUGCUUCAACGUAAAAUAUUGAUCGCUACUCGGUGAAACUGUAGUGAAUCCCUUUAAAAGGUAAACAACGCCACGCGCGCCCUCUUCCGCUCCCAUAUUGUACGAUUCUUGCGUGUCUCAUCGGUUACCUAAAAAUCUACGAAUGUGGAAAACGCGAAACUCGUUCGAACGGACGGGAACAGUGUUGAUUGUAAAUAUAUUAUAAAACGCAGAAGUAUUUCAAUUUGUCGAAUACUUAAGUUCAUAAACGACGAAUCAUGCAUACGAAUGACCAUGAACGAACAAACUAUCGUCGAGGUCAAGUAAUAGCUCCGAUACUGACGAAGAUAGAUCGUGCCAACGGUUAUAAUCCCAGCAACGAUGUUCAAACUGACGUCGUGAUCAACGAAAAUAUGCGUGGUGCGUGAGUGAGUGCGGUCUAAUGAGUGACGAGUAUUAAUAUAAUAAUAAUAAUAAAAAGUGAUCAAGUGCUCCGCUAGGAUCGUACCGGUGCGCGGUGAGCGUCAUUUUACACACUCGUAAAUGUGCAUCCCUUCGGGUCACAUUAAUUCGUAAAUAUAUAUUUAUUUAAAUAUUUAUAGGAAUAUUUAUGAGUGCACAAAGACUCGUAAUCUUACGAGUCCUGCGUUGCAAAGUGUUUUGGUGAAUUAUUUAUUUAUUUUCAUUUUUCCAUUUCACUUUGUUUUUUUUUUUUUUAUUUUUUUUUAUUGAUUUUAUUAUCUUUGACGGUGUGUCGUCUUUCUUUGGGUGUACGUAUUUUGUGCAGUUUUUCCUCGCGAGACAUCUUCCUGUUUAAUCGUCUUUGGACAAACGCGCGAACCGAAAGUGGGCGAAUAAAAUUAGCAUCGAAAGAAUAAAAGAGGAAACGUCGCCAUGAGUCGACCCAUCGUUGUUCACCUCCACGUGUUGUGCUGGUGCCUCGUCGCCAUGCUGAGCUUCGGACUUGCCGCGUGGCAGGAGAACGUCAGGCCCAAGAUGUACGUCCAGCUCGGUGCGGAGGACGUUUUCAGAUUCACCGGAAACGAGACGCACACGGAUUUCUUCCGGUUGGUUUUGCGAGACGGAAAUUAUCUCCUCGUCGGCGGCAGAAAUCUCGUGCACAAUUUGAGCCUGACGGAUUUAACGGAGCAGCAGAGAUUGACGUGGUACUCUGCGGAGGAAGACAUCAAAAUGUGCGUCGUCAAGGGAAAGGACGAGGACAGUUGUCAAAAUUACGUGAGAGUCCUGGUCAAAACGAACCCUACGAACCUUCUCGUAUGCGGGACAAACGCCUUCAAACCAAUGUGUCGCGACUACACUAUUGUCGCCGGAAAUUACACGAUGUCGGGCGAGAAGAACGGCCAGGCAUUGUGCCCUUACGAUCCACAGCAUAACAGCACCUUUGUUUACGUCGAUGGUGAACUUUACACCGGCACCGUCGCUGAUUUUUCGGGCAUGGAUCCCCUCAUUUACAGAGAUCGAGAACCGUUGAAAACCGAGCAAUACGAGUCGACGCUUCUCAACGGCCCGAACUUCAUAAGUUCGUUAACUCACGGAGAUUUCGUGUAUUUCUUCUACCGUGAAACAGCGGUCGAAUAUAUUAAUUGCGGAAAGGCCGUGUAUUCUCGAGUUGCGAGAGUCUGUAAAUACGAUCGGGGCGGUCCCCACAGAUUUCACAAGAAGUGGACAUCGUUUUUGAAGUCUCGUCUCAAUUGUUCGGUGACCGGUGACUUUCCGUUUUACUUUAACGAAAUACAAUCAACGACGGAAUUGAUCUCCGGUCGUUAUGGAAAAGAAUCAGCCCAGCUAAUUUACGGGACGUUUACGACGCCUGUAAACAGUAUAAGCGGCUCGGCCGUUUGCGCUUUUUCCUUGAACGAUAUUGCCAAAACUUUUGAAGGAAAUUUCAAAGAGCAAAGCGCACGCGAUUCCAAUUGGCUGCCUGUACAGAGUGCCAAAGUACCCGAUCCACGUCCUGGACAGUGCGUCAAUGAUUCACGCACUUUGCCCGAUCUGACCUUAAAUUUCAUAAAUGCUCACUCACUCAUGGAUGAGUCGGUACAAAGUUUCUUCGGACAACCGAUCGUCAUCAGGACGAGUUUUCAUUACAGAUUCACUCAGAUCGCGGUUGAUCCUCAAGUGAAAACGCCCGGGGGUAAAACGUACGACGUUUUGUUCAUCGGUACGGACAACGGGAAAAUAAUAAAAGCGGUAAACGCGGAAUCGGCGGAUACUCACGAGCGCGUGAGUCCGGUCGUGAUCGAGGAAAUUCAAGCAUUUCCUGCGUCUGUCCCGGUGCGAGGAAUCAAAGUUGUUCGGGCUACGCAAGCGAGCGACGGAUUGGAGGAUGGCCGCUUGGUUGUUAUCGCGGAUAGCCAAGUUCAGGCGCUUCGACUUCAUCGUUGUUACAGCGACCGCAUUUUGUCGUGCGGCGAAUGCGUCGCUCUCCAGGAUCCUUACUGUGCCUGGGACAAGGUCGAAGCUAAAUGUCGUGCUCUUGUCGGACCAGCUGCGACCGAUGCAACCAGGUUUUUGCAGAGCGUCGCUACCGGAACCCACACUUCUUGUCCACCGAGUAAAACUAUUAACAAAGACGCCGGAAGCGUUGGUGCUAUCUCUGCCAAUCAUAACAAAUUCCCCCAGGAUCCUAUGAUUUCGAGUAAAGAGAGCACUGGCGGUGAAAUUAUCAACAUUAUGCAGGACGAGGAGAAAACCAGUUCGGGCCCAGAGGUCAAGGCUGCUGAUCCAACCUCUCAGUACUCCGUGGAAACUCUCGUUAUGGCUGUCGUCGCUGGUGCUCUCGCGGCGAUGCUCGUCGGUUUCAUAGCGGGCUAUCUCUGCGGUCGUAAAUGUCGAAAAGACGAGGACGACAAUUUACCUUAUCCCGACACAGAGUACGAGUACUUUGAGCAGAGACAAAACGUCAAUAGGCUAGCACCAGAGCCGAAGUUAUUGCCACAAGAGGAAGUGACGUACGCGGAGCCGGUGCUGGUACCGCAGCCUCCAAAGUUACAUUCGCCAAAGGGUACGAUGAGGAAACCACCGCCGACGCCAGCGGAGACGCUAUUUCAAUUUCCCGAUGGUUACGGAUACCGCGGAGCGCGCGAUAAUUUCGGUACACUGAGAUCGCAUCAGGGUGACGCGUACAGGCGGAACGACGGUUUCGCAACGACUCGGAGCGUUAAGAAGGUUUAUCUCUGAGAAACGAGCGAGGAGGGAGGAGGUCGUCACAGGAGUCUCGGACGACCAGCGAGAAAUCGUCACAACGCGACAGCCGGCAGAAGUCGCAACGUGACAGCGGGAGGACAAUCGAGCCGCGAUAUAACGGGACCGAGACAGCUCGAGUCACCUUCGUCGCCCUCCAGCGUCUCGUCAAGUUCCCCAUCGCCUCCCUCCUCGUCGCCAUCGCCGACCCUCGUACCUAUUGCUACGUGUGGUUCGCCCCCGCCCCCCACGCCACCCUGCAGUUUCAUUUAUCGCUCAUAGUUUCUCGAGAAUGUUCGAGACUCUAAAGAUUUGCUGUUCGGAUCCAAUUUCGUCGGCUCCUUUUCGAUUUUACGGGGGCGACCCCGUCAUCCAAACUCUUGGAGCGUCGUAUCGCUUUUUUUACCAUUAGUUACGUCCUUUGGACGCAACUGGCCGAGCCAAACAACCUUUACACGAGGCGUAUAGAGGCGAGAGGAGAGGAAACAGAGAAGAACAAAAAGAAAGAAACUGACCUCAUUUCAGAGACAACUUGAUUAUUCCACCGCGUCAAUAUGUAUUCCGAAUAAUCGAUAUUUUCUUUUAUCGUUUCUUUCUUUUUUUCUUAUCUUUUUUCAACUCUCAAUUAUGUAACCAACCUCCGGGCGCGCAUUUACACCAAUACACACGUGUGUGAAUCAUUUGGGAGAGAGACUGAGGAGAAAAGUGUCGAGGAACUCCGGUAUUUUUAUUCUAAUAUCCCUGAUGAGGCUUUGUUAUUCAGUUAACCUUCUCGUAUUCCCGAUCAAUCUAUUAUUAUCUUCACGAAAUUAUCGUUUGUCUACCCGUUUUAAUGAGAGGACUUUAGGAGAAAAAAAAUGAAAAAAAUAAAUGAAAACGUCAAUUAUGAAUAUAAAUUAUGCGGGAGAUAUUAUACAGUUGUAAAAUCGUUGAUGCUUAACGUAACGUGGUUAUUUAAUACCCGUUUGUUCGCCUUGAAUUAAAAAAAAAAAACAAACAAACAAACAAACGAAAUAAUGAAAACAUUGAAAACAUUGGAUUGCAAAAAUAGAUGAAUCUAAUUACUCUUAGAGUACUAUGGGCCCCAGGAAACAAAAAAAAAAAUUUUGACAAAAGUUCGUUGUUUAUUAAGUGAAAAGAUAAACAGGGAAAUAAUUGCGAAAUCACGGAUGUUCUGGAUUUUGCGUCUAAAGAGUAGCGAGUCAAAAUUGCAUUUACAGUUUUAACUCGAGUGAACUGCAUUAUUUACUCCCUCAUCAACUUUUUUAUGUAUUCAUACCUAAAGUUCUUAUUCGGAGGAUAAAUUGUAAACACACUUUUUCCCAGUCACACGAGUAUCCAGUAAAAUCCCAGUUCCAGUAAAACUGUUAAAAAAAAAAACAAAAUCACACGAAUUCACUCCGUGAAAUUUGUUACGAAACAAAAUAUUUGUGUGAUUCGAAUAAUCGAGAGUGUUUUGAGAUCGGAAAAAGCAGCUCGUCGAUAAAAACUGUGGAAAAUAAUUUUCUCAAAACUCGCUACUCGGUGUACGUGCUCGGAAUCAUAGGAAUCGCGGCGUUGGUUAGUCACAGAAUUGUUUGGUAGUCACUAAAGGUGAAUGAAGGAAACGAUCAAAUUGAUAUAGCGAAGUUUUUCUUAUCUUUUCAUUUUUGCAACUGCCAAAUGAUUCGUUUUGCAAAUAAAACGUAUUUAACUUGCACUGAUCACCAUAUAUAUAUAUACAUAUACGUAAUUGAAGAGAGACGACGAAGGAAGAAAUGACUUAAAUCCAUGAAACGUGGAAGCGGGAAGGGGAAGACGCGAAGACGAGAGAUAUACGAAAAAAUUGAAGAUACCGCGCGACACUUAUUGAUAUGUAAAUACAUUAAUACAAACAAACAAAAUCAUACCUAUACAACGGUUAGGAGUUAUGAGGCGUAAACAAAAAGGAAAAACUGAAAGAGAGGAGAAAAACGAAGAGUAGAAAAGUCAGUCCGUCUGUCUUGGGCCCCGAACGACGUUUGUAGAAAAUCUAUCUUAAAGUGCUUCUUAUUUGAGUGUGUUUAGAAGUAACGCGUAUGUGAUAUAUAUUCUAUAUGACGAGAUGUUUUCUAGACAAUUCAGUAUGGGAUGGAUCGCGGAUGAUGAUGGAUUGAGAAGCUUAAUUGGUUGACAUUAUUGUUUAAUCGACGAGACUCUCGGCUUGAAAUAUUGGCACAUGAGAUCAUGAGAAAACGAUUUCAAUCUCUCGCAUUGUUCACCGAGAUUUUCUUCCAUUCCACUUCAAUCGACACAUGAAUGUCAAACCCUAUUGGUUUACCGCUUUUUUUCUUUCUUUCUGGAUUUGAAGCAUAGAUGCUUUAUCAAUCUCAAUUUGAUAUCUCGAAUCUAAAGGUAUUCCUUCAUUCUUCAGGUGAAAAGUAUCGGCGGAUAAGAAAGAAGCUUUUUGACAAACGUUCGAAAAAAAAACGAAAUCAGUCACGCACACAAAUAAAUAACACACACUUACACGUACACGAUAAACAUAUUUUAAAAAUCAAGCGUUGAACGACGAAUGAAUUAAUGGUAAUUCGUAUCAUCAAUGCUUCGUUACUCAAAGUAUUAUUAAUUAUUGAAACGAACCAUCGUACGUCCGAUGAUUAGUAAUUGGUAAUUAGGAGAAGGCUCGUCGUUGAUCCUCUUUCUGAUAAGCUCGAAGAUAAAGAAAAUUAAAAAAAAAAAAAAAAAAAAAAACAAACAAACAAACAAACGAAGGAAUAAAGACAAACCGAACAAAGACUGAAACGAAAAAGAUCCUUUGAAUGGCGAGCCCUCGUUAUAGAUUCGCUCGCGGUACCAGUUUUUAUUUAGUUUUUACGUUAUUCAACACAUACGUAAUUUCAUUACCGGGUUCUCUGGAUUACGGUUCCCCAACUUGUUUUAUCUCUUUUCUUGAAACUACCAGUACAAAUUUUUUGUAUUGUCAUACAUGUAUGUGAAUAUAAAUAUAUAUAAAAAAUUGUUAAGUUCGGUUGCGUGAGCGUAGCUCGACCAAUCGUUCGAACCAGCUUCGAAAUUUUUCUCGGAGUUUCAUACAAACAAAUAAUUUAAAAUAAAUACCGUUUGAAAUAUACAUGGGGCCGUGAUUCUUCGGAAUAAAUAGAAAAAAUCAUGAUGAAAUAACAGACGCAGACAAAGAGAUAUUCGGAAUAUUAAGUGAUAAGCGAAACUAUCACUAUGAGUCACCUCGUCGUUAUUCGUAUAUGAAAAAGAGUACGAUUUCAACUAUUAUUAUUAUCAUCAUUAAUUAUAAUAAUUGAAUUAUAUUACACCGAAGCAUAAGCAAGAGAAAAAAAUAAUCUCGAAAUGUUUUUUUUUCUGUGGGUCCUCGACGAUCAUCUUGAAAGCGUCGCCAUUCUUUGCGCAAGGCAAAGGGCGGAGUCAAAAAGAAUGACGAAAAUGAUAUUAGAGGAUUUGGUAAUCAUAGCAGAAGUGGACGAUAGCUGAUAUUACAAUUAGCGUGGAUUCCACGUGACACACAAAGCUGCCAUAAAUAAUAUCCUUCAUUGAAUAUUUUUAAUGUAUACAUAUAGAGAGAAGUACGAGCGUUGCCCCCAGAACCGCGGUCUCGCUUUUUGUUAUGUUUUCAUUUUGAGUACGAAUUUUGAAUUCCUUUUCGCUAGAACGGUGAAAAGUAUGAGAAUAAAAUUAAAAUUUGAAAUUUCAUACGUCGUUGAUUGUAAACGUUCGUUCGAGUUUCGGUUGCAUUGAAAAAGUAAAAUGAGCAAACAAAAUGUUAUAAUCGAGUUGAAAGACAAUUGACGAAAGACUCAGGCAUGAUACCAAAGAUAUUUAAUUGUAUAAACUAGAACAACCGUUGGUUCGUUGUGAUGAUUAUCGUUAGAGUCGCACAAAAUGAGUGAGAAACAAAGAUAUGGGAAAGUAAUUAUUUAAAAAAGGAAAAAAAUAAUAAUAAAAAAAAAAAAAAAACUAAAUUUUGACGAUUGAAAAGUUUGACCUCUCGCACAAACGACACGGCUGAGAAACAGAGACGAAUAUACAUUGUUUUUCCGCGUUUUUUACUCUUGUGAUUUUUUUUUGUUUUGUUUUUUUUUUUUUUUCAUUCACUUUUUUAAAUAGUUCCGCGUUCAGGGUGGAUUCCAAGGAACUUUUAAAAUGGGUUAGGUACCGGAGAAAAAAGUUAGAGAUACGAACGAUCAUACUAUGGAAUUGGACAUGUUGUGCUAAUGUUGAAAUGAGAUUAUGCAUGAAACGCGAAUAUUGCUACAUCCUCGUCCCUUCUACGAGUGGUGUCUCUCUUCACAAGCAUAUUAUUAAAACAAACUAUUUCGUGCCGCGAGUUUCAAAUUGUCUCUGAGCCACUUAGCAACAGAUUCCAUCCAACGAAAGAUAACCAAACAAACAAACAAAAUAAAUCAUAAUAAAUUAUUAUUGCAUCAGCUACAAGUUGAUAAGAAGAAAAAAGAGUUUUUUUCAUCAGCAAGGAAUUGUGAUCGAGCGAGACUAAUAUUGUUAGAACGUGAGCGCUUCGGGAAAAAGGAAAAGAACGUUAAAAGAGGAACGAAGAUGCACGAAUCGUUGAGAUAGAAAGAAGAAACGGUUUCAUGCAUUGUCCCAUUGCAAUGCUUUUUUUUUCAUUCCUAGUUUUCUCGAGAAAAACCCCCGUUUUUUUGCAAUUUUUUGCAACUGAGAAAAGAGAAGAAAUAAUGAUAAUUAAGAGAAGCAGCAGCAGCAGCAGCAAAACAGAGAUAAAUUACAAAAAUGGUUAUAACGUAGAACAAGAGAGCUCCACUUUUUUCCUCAAAGGAGUUCUCGGAAUGAUUGGGAGAGAGAGAGAGAGAGAGAGAGAGAGAGAGAGAAGCACUAAAAAAGAGACAAGAAAAGAAACAAAAAAAUGAGGUAAAACCACAAAAUAAAGCAGUACAGAAAAGAUUAAGUACGGGCACGAGAAAAAAAACGACGGGGACGAUAUAGUACGUAAGUAGAAGAUUAGAAAACAGUAUAUAGAACGCUUGAAACGUAUAUUAACGAUAUUAUAACUUUUUUAUAAAUAUAUUUUUCCGUCGGAGUCUAGCCUAGGUAGAGAGACAAAAAGAGAAACAGAUAGAAGGGGAGCGAGAGAAAUAGGAAGGGCAAGAAAGGGAGGGAGAGAGAAAAAGGAAGAAAAAAAGUGAAAAGGAAGAGGGAGAGGAAAAAAUUGGACAGGCACACACACAUACACACACGAAAACAUGAACACAAUUACGAGGAUUGAUCGAACAUAUAGAUUUACAUUUAUACAUAUGUAUGACUAUAUGAAACGUACAUGUAUAUAAAUCUAAAUAUUAUAUGAACAUAUUUAUAUCUGAUCCGACGUAUUACUUCGAGAUCUAGAUCCGAUUUUAAGCGUCAUAGUUUUUAACGAGUUAGGCAAGUUGUACGAAACACGUAUAAGAUUCGCCACUUGGUGAUCCGAGGAGGAAAAUAUAAAAAAUAACGAAAAGAGGAAAAAAAAAACAAAAAAACAAAUAUUUGAAGAAUAAAAUUUUAGUACCUAAAAUUCUAGAGGUUCAAUAAUAAUUAACGAGAAGAAAAGGAAAUGAAAAGAGAGCAAAAAUUAAUUAGCGUUGAAGCGUGAAAAAGUUUGUCGUGGUUUUCUCUUCGGUCUUCUCGACGAUUUCGAGCGAUUUUAAAAUCGAUUCGAUUGUACAGACUGUUUUUAUCAGGAGUAUAUCGUAAUUCUCUGAUCUACUGAUUCGUCAGGGAUCGAGAUGACGUAUUUUCCACUUUUUCCUUCUCUUUUAUUUUCGCCUUAAGUUUUCGAGCAAAUAAAAUUCGCGAACAAUACUUUUUCACGUUGUUGUAAAAAUUAAUCGAGAGAUAAAAAGUCGUGUGUCUGCUCCUGUGUGCAUGUGUGUACGAGAGGAAGAGAGAACAAAAUAACGAUAAGAAUACUGGCCGAGUUUUUGUUUCGUGGGUGACUCUCGAAUGUCUCGGAGCCAUGUAAAAAUAAAAUUAAAAAAAAAAACAAAAAAACAAAAAAUAAGGAAAAAAUAGAAAUCAGAAUCAACUGAAUUACGACGAGAACGCAGGAGGGUAUGAUAUGAUGGAGGAGGAGAAACUAUUUAUUAAUAAUCGAUUACGAUGAUAAAUUUCUGCGAGACGAGACAAUUUUUUUAAGUACUGUACCAUUUAUUAAUGAUAAAUGAAUGAAUUAAAUGAUGAAAAAAAAACAAAAUAUUAAUUAUAAUGAUAAUAUUAAUAAUAACAGUAACAUUAAUAAUGAACGAGAAUGUAACAUGUAUUUUGCUUCUUCCUAAUACAGUGCCGUUUACGCUAUUUUUUACUAUAAAGAAAAAAAAGAAGAGAAAACCAAACAGAACUAUUAGAACCGGCUGAGCGGGACCCAGCAAGCGCAUGUGGUUAUAAAUAAUGUUGGGAAAUUCAGCCAUGUAAUUGAAAUAAUUACAUAGACCUAGAAAACGCUCUGAGUGUCAGAGCGAGAAAAAGGUCAUGAAAACACGGAUAUGCGAUCACAGAGAGCCAAAAGUUAAUUAAGAAAUAAUUAAUAAUGCAAAGUCCAGUGUGAAAUAAGAAAAAAGAAGAUGCGGAACGAAACGAAACGUUGAAACUACUCGCGGUUGGCAGAGCGCGACACGAAUUCUUAUCGAUCUUUGACAUUAACGAUCUUGUUCGAUUGGGAGAAAAUAAUUUUUAGAAACGGGGCAGUGAAUUUGUGAAAUUCGUCAUAGCUCUCUUGAAUUAAAUUUCUAAUGUAAACUGAGACUUAGCUUUUAAGGAAGAAAGUUCGAAGUUGAGAAAAGAAUAAUGGAGAUUAAAUUUAAAAUAUAAAAUACAAACGGUGGUAGUAAUGUCAAAGACUGCGUGUUCUCGUGAGCAUUCACGAACCUUUGCCUAUUGAAAUUUUCGUUGUUGAAACUAUCAUUGUGAGUGUUGAGAUGAGUUAAAUGAAGAGAAAAAAAAUUGAAAGAAAAAACAAAUGGUACGAUAUGAAGAAAGAACGAGAGGAGUGGGGAACGGAACGAGUGCCAUCGCAAUCGUGUACUCGAGACGAAAAAGCCCCGAGAGAGUCACCCGCGUUUUUAUUUUCAAGCCUUGACUCGAGCCGCGUUACCGACGAAAUAAUAAAAGCGUCGAAGAGAGCAGUUUCGUGAACAUGUUCGAAUUUAGGACACGAAAUUAUAAAUAUAUAUAAAUAUAUAUAUCAUUAUAUUGGCGAAUAACUUUGCAUCGACGAUGACGUUCGUUUAUAUGUAAAUAUAAACAAAUAAGUUAAUUCAUGCACGUAUAAUUAAGGGUGUCGUUUUUUUGUUUCCGGAAAAAAUUUCGUUCUCUCGCGAAAAAAUGGAGAGACUUUGGAAUAAAUACGCAACGCAUGCAUAAAUAUCUUUGGGUGGUUAAAGAACGAUCGUGUCUAUUCGACAAUUUCUCCGAAUGUUUUUCCACCACGUUGAAAUAUUAUUUUUCUUUGAUGAUUUUUAUCAAUCGGACACUCUUGAUUUACCACACAUUUUACGUGCAUUCGUUUAAAAACGACCCAUUCUUAUAAACCAUUCUCUAAUCUGCCGUUGAUUGAAAAGAAAAAAAGAGAAUAAACUUUUCCAGCCACUCCAGUAUAUUUGUACAUACGCGAAGAAAAAGAAAACGUUACGAAUCACACAAAACACACAGACACACACGUAAGAACGUACACGAAAAUUCGAAGAGCGUGCUAACCGAAAAAAAUAGCGAUACGUGAAAAAAAAACGAAGAAGAAUUACUGAAAUAAUUAAUUAUUAUCAGAGGUACACUAUUGCCGACGAUUAUAUUAUAAUGACAUAAAAAAAUUAUAUUAUACAACUACUAUUUAUAACACGAGAUAAACGAAAAAAAAAAAAAAAACGGAAAUACGUGAGGAAUACGCUAGAAAAAUAGCGAAAUAGCGUGAAAACUGAAAGGGAGAAAGAUUCGUAGUUGGCAGUAGGCUGAGGUAGAAGACAUGGCACGUCUAUUACUAAUAAAGAUUCAAAGAAGAACAAUAUAUAAACGACAAAAAAAGAAGCAAAAAAAAAAACGGAAAAACAUAAAGGAACGGUAAAAAAAAAUAUUAUAAACGCGAAAAACGGUACAGUAGUGUUUUACUAUGGCUGAUGUAGAGUGAAUGCUGACAUAGAAAGCAUGUGGCUGGGGCAGGGCAUAAAUUUAGAGUUCGAGAGAAGAAGAAAGAGAGAGAGCGAGAGAGAGAGAGAGAGAGAUAGAGCGAAAGUUUGAAUUGUGUGAAGGAGUGAAUCAUUCUCGUUUUUUUUAAGCAGCGCUCAUUAAACUGUGAGAUAUCUUUCGAUAAUACACUUAAAUACUGUCAUCGCACAUUCAUUCGCAAAGAAAUAAUAAUAAAUAAUAAAGAAUUAAAAACAAAAGGUAACUACCGUCUCUGGGAUGAUAUUUUUUACGUCUCCAGAUAUAGAAACGAUUAAACGCCAUUUUUUCACACGACACACACUUUCGUGGAAAUUCACCUACACACCCACAUGCAUACACAUGAACCAACGAGACAUUCCAUUUUUUAUAUAUCCAAGUAUUUGUAAGACACGCGCCGAGAGCCUACUAUUCAUUUUUCGUUCACGAUAUUCCAAAACAAAACGAAAAAAAAGAAAAAAGAAAAAAGAAAAAAACAAUGUUUCCUAUUUGUGUUUUUUAUUGUUAAUUUUUCUGUACGACUGAAGUUGUCGUCCAAUUCCCUCCUUUCUCAUUUUAGUUUUCGAUAAGUUUCAGAUCUCAUGCUUGUUCAAUUGAGCCAACGUUCACUUUUUGCCUCGUUUGUAAAAGAUCGUUCGAGUGCAUUUUAUCGGUUAUAUUCGUACGUUUUUAUUGAAAUUUAGCGAUUGUAAAAGCAAAGGUAUUUUUUGUUUCUUUUACACGUACUCGACUAAUAAAAAUCUGAUAAACAUAGUCAAUGCUUGAAAGUCUUUGGGUCAUUUGUUUGUCGCAUCUUGGAGUCUCAAUAGACGCGAGUCAAAUGCACAGACGAGCUCUAGAAGCGCUAGCAAAAAAGGGAAAAAUGGACAAAACACACGUUACCAGGUUGCGAGGACAAAGUAUAUUGUUUUAAAGAAAAAAGAAACAAGCAAACUGAAAUACUUUUUUCUUUUCCGUCAAGAGUGAGCGCAUAAUAAGCAUUUUAUGGUAAAUACGAUGCGAAACGCGCUUCUACUUAUUAUAUUUCAUACUAAAAGUUUCGUGAAUGAGCAUUUUUCUAGAAGAAUGAUCUACAAAAUGAAACAAAGAGAAUAAAGAAUAAAAUAAUAACUAAAUAAAAAUCGAGGCGCGCGUGAACACAGAGAAUGUGGAGAGAAAGAGAGCGAAAAAGCGAAGAGAAAGAGAGAGAGAGAGAGAGAGAAAGAAGAGAGAAGGAGCAGGAAUGAUUGUAAUGUCGGAAACUCACUUAGCCGACGGACUGCUGUUCAUAGUGCCCUGUUAUAGUGGGUUACGUGGGCAGAGUGAGAGAGAAAAACACUGCAUCGUGGUAAUUGUUCAAAAAAAAGAGGAAGAGAAAAAAAUAUUUGACCGGAAUGCUAGUCGUUGAGCACUGACCUCGAAGACGUGACCUACUGACUUUGGCUCGCGACGUUCCUGAAAGCAUCUUUAAGCGGGGGAUAAUCGUCACGCGUUAAAGUCAAUUCCAUUAUUGUGCAAGGAACCUUGAUAAAAAGUUAAUAAAAAAAGAAAAAUAAAACGAAGCGAUAGCGAACGACGAGACCACUCUCGCCAAGGUCAGAGAAAAGACGAGGGCUGAAGAAAGGGCCAUGAGGAACGAUGGAAAAUCACUAGUAGAUCCUUGAACUCUGCUCACGUAACCCUGAUCUAUUUUUCAGAAUACGCUAUUGUGAUUAUUACUAUAUAUGAUAACAUUUAAAAGUGAAGGAAAAGAAAAAAAAAGGAAACACGAAAAAAGUUGAGAAAAAAGGUAAAACGACAAAAAACGUUUUAUAGCCAUUGUUUGUUUAAUUAUUCUAAGAUUCAUCGUUUUUUUAUCAUUUUUUUUUUUUUUUUUUUUUUUUUUUUCCAUUGUUGUUUCUCUCGUAGCUCAUCGUUGUUUUCUUUCUCUUUGUAUCGUUUGUUUCAUCAUUUGUUUCAUCGUGAAAACGUUGAGAAUGACCCUGUCUUUGUCGAUUAUUAAUGCAUUAAUACCGUCAUUAUAUUUAGUACGAUUAGACGAGUGAGGCUACUACCACAUUAAUGAAUUAAGUACAAUAUAUACUAUUAAUUCAUUAGACUUUAUAUAUAUACAUAUUUAAAGAAAGAAAAAAAAAUAAAUAAAUAAAAAUUAAAAAAAAAAAAAAUAAAAAAAUAAACGAACGAAGAGAAUAACUGAAGCUGAGGAAAACUCAUCGUGAAACAUUACUCUCGACAGACUAUGUUUAUCAUUUGGCAUUAUGUAUAUGUAUAUACAUACAUACACACACAUAUAUAUAUAUACAUAUAUAGAUUGAAUCAUUGUACGACUGCCUCGGAUUCAAUAUUUUCAGGCCACUACUUAUUAUAUCCGCCAUUUCGGUUUUUAUACCCGUUUUACAUUUUCUCGAUGAUUGCGUUAUUUUAUAAAAAUCAUCAUAGAUCUAGAUUGUAUCAUGAAAUAUUGAGUAAAAAUAAAUUUGAUUAGGUAAUAAAAUCGAAA